UUGUUUGUUAAAAUCAUCAGAAUCUAGUUAAGGCUUAACCAAAUCCAAAUCCCCCCUUGAUUUGCCGUUGAAGGAAGAAAUGCAAUUUUUCAAAAUUGAACUUUAACUGCUCAGUUUCUGUGUAGAUUCAUGGAUUUGUAGUAGCCAUUAACAUGGGAAUCUUCAAGGAGAAGAAAAAUGCAUCUGGGUUAGCUACUUCACCUUGUGCUCAACUCAGAGAGGCUUACCAUAAUUGCUUCAACAGGUGGUAUUCUGACAAAUUCUUGAAGGGUGAGUGGAAUAAAGAGGAGUGUGUUAUAGAGUGGAAGAAAUACAGAGAUUGUCUAUCUCAACAUCUGGAUGAUAAGCAUUUAAGUAGAUUCUUGGAAGCUGAUGGUGCUAAUCAAAAUGAUUCAAAGAGCUCUGCUGGUGCUCCCAAGUAACACACAAUUGAGCAUCUUGAAGUACCAUGAAAAUGAAAUGUGAUUUAAAGUGAAGCAUAAUUAGAAUGUUUUUGUAAUUGUAUUUGAUGUCAAGUUGUGACAUGUAAUCAAUCAAUGAAAAAAUACUCGAAUUUUCCUCUGAUUGAAAGGCUUUCCUGAGUUUUGCAUGUAAGCUUUUGAGUAGAACUAGGCAAGCAUGCUGCAUAAAGCUGAAAGAUUGUCUUGCAAUAACAAUGCUCCUAUAGAAAUUUUGACUCUUGAUGAAAUUUUAAGCUAUGUAUUGUUAGACUCUUAUCUUAGUUAAA